GUUGCCCACCCGGUGACUCAUGAAUUCAUAACGAACGAGGAAAAACGGGAACCGUGCCCAUUUUUCACCCCGCCAGGUGAUGAAGCUGCUCCAGAAGGGCAACAAGAACAGAACGGUGGAGGCAACCGCCGCGAACAAGACGUCCUCCCGCUCCCACGCCCUCCUGCAGGUCCUCGUCGAGCAAGAGGACAAAUUCACCGGGACCAAGACGAAAAGGAAAUUCGGGAAACUCUUCAUGAUCGACUUGGCCGGCUCGGAACGGGCCUCCCAGACAAAGAACGAGGGAAAGCGCCUGCAAGAAGGCGCCCACAUCAACCGCUCCCUCCUGGCCCUCGCGAACUGCAUCAACGCCCUGGCGCAGGGCGACGCGAAGUACGUCAACUUCCGCGACUCCAAGCUCACCCGCCUCCUCAAGGACGCCCUCAGCGGCAACUGCCGCACGGUCAUGAUCGCCCACGUCAGCCCCAACCCCGACCACCGAGACGAGACCUACAACACCCUCGUCUACGCCGAUCGAGCCAAGAACAUCUCCAACAAGGUGAGGAAGAACGUGGUGGACGUGGAGCACCACGUGUCCCAAUAUCAGAACAUCAUCGAGGAGCUGAAGGGAGAAAUCUCGAGACUCAGGGAGAAACUGGAAGGCGGCGGGGAGCCGUCCAAGGACGCCGUCGACGCCACCUUCAAGGACAGGAAGGCCCAGGAGGCUCACAGGGUGAAACUCAAGGCCCUGCAGGAGCAACUCGUCGCGAACUUCAAGGACCAGAUGGACGUCAGGCAAGAGAUGCUGGACGUGGAAAACAACAUCCUGGCCCUGGCGAUGGAGCGAGAGAAGGAGCAGCUCAUCAUCGACGAAUGGGAGGCUGAGAAGACGAAGAAGAAAAGCGCGAUGAAGAAGGGCAAGCCGUCCUCCUCGUCUUCCUCGAACCAGUCCGGUGAGUCAUCAGCCGCCGGUGGGCCGCCAGUGGGUCGCCAGUGGGUCGCCGGGGAGGAUUCGGAGUCGGAUGUGGAGAUGGAGGAACCGGAGGAAGUGGCACAGGCCUGGGACGAAAUCAUGUUCAUCAACAACGAGGAGAAGAGAUAUCUGGAGAUGAAGGAGGACUUGGAGAAGGAACUGGAAGAAGCUCGGCAUAAGUCUGCCGCGCUGGAAGCUGAAUUCCCCCAAGAGAUCACCGACAGCGAACAGCGAGAGAUCUACAGCCUCCUCCUCCGCGUCCACGAACUGGAGGUGGAAAGGGUGGAAAUGCAGCGCGACGCCCUGCUCAGGGAACACGAGAUGCGAAAGAAGGAACUCAUGCUCCUCCGAUUCGACAUGCAGAGGAAUCUCUGCGACCAGAUCAUCACCCGGCAGCGGGAGCUUCUCAAAGCCCAUCAGUCCCAGACGCCGGAAGACCUCGACCAACUCUAUCAAGUCUACAAGAACGAGUCGUACGGCGCCACCCGGGAGAAAGACGCCAAACUGAUCGCCCAGCUGAACGAAUUCAUCCGGGUGGUCGUCGACUGUGGGGAUCCCGCUGAGAACGACACGGUCUUCGACGAGGGCGUCCGGCACCCCCGGCACCCCCGGCUCCGGCUCCGGCUCCGGCUCCGAAAUCAACCACAAACUUCCGCCCAUCAGCGAAUUCAAACAGGCCUCGUCGACGGUCGUCUCCGUAUCGACCGGCGACGUCUUGCGACGAGUCCGUGCGUCUGCGACGACGUCUUCAUCAAUUUUUUACGGUUUAUCGGGAACUUCUUCGAGCGAGAGUGCGAUGGCAUCGCCUGCCGAGGCCUUUGCGAGUCGCUGAUUGCUCUCAAGUGA